AUGGCCAUCAACGUCUACCUGACCUUUUACUUCAAGUUCGACGCCGAGAGACUCCGCAAGAUGGAGAUCCCGUACCUCAUCUCAUGCUACGGCAUUCCCUUUGUCCCGGCUUUGACCUACGUCUUUGUUACCAAUGGGCAGGGCCAGAGGGUGUACGGAAACGCAACCCUCUGGUGCUGGGUGACGCCGGAUUGGGAAAUCUGGCGCAUCCUGACGUUUUACGGUCCUGUUUGGAUCGCGAUAUUAAUCACGUUCUUCAUCUACAUCCGAGCGGGCCGCGAAAUCUACCAGAAGCGCAAGCAGCUUCACAACUUUAGCUCUUCCGAUCCGGACCAUCUCAACUCCUUUCAUGAUGCCCUCACUUCGAUGAAAACCACCGAGGUGUACGUCACGUCGGAAACGAUUGAGCAGCCCAGCAGCUCCAUCGGGCUUGGGUCGAUGGCAAGGCGUGGUGGAUCAGACGCUGGAUCGAUGCCGCGCAUGCCCGACGCCGCUUACUCUGUCAGCAUCUCUGCCAACCACCACGAACGCCGCGAGUCGCACGGCGACGCCGUUCUCCCAGCAGAGAGCGUCACCAUCGAAGCCAACCCCGCCCAGCGCCCGGUGAACUCGGCCAGGCGACGCAACUACGAGGUCAACAACGCCGCUUGGUCGUACACCAAGUGCUCCAUCCUCUUCUUCACCGUCAUCCUUAUCACCUGGGUCCCGUCGAGCGCCAACCGCGUGUACUCGGUCAUCCACGCAAAAGAGUCAUCGACGCCGCUCGCCUUCAUGAGCGCCUUCGUCCUGCCCCUCCAGGGAUUCUGGAACGCCUUGAUCUACGUGGUGACGUCGUGGAAGGCCUGCAAGACCCUCUGGACCGACAUUCGGUAUGCGUCCCGGCGGCCAGACGUCACGGAGCUUGUCGGCAGCUUCCGCCACAGCGACCAGUUCAAAAUUCCGAACCCUAAUCGCAGGAACAAGACGUACGAGAGCGAAAGCAUCACGGAGCUCACGAACAGCCGGCCCUGCUCCAACGACCAGGCCUCGCGGUCAUGA